AUCAACAAGUGCACAGGCGAUAGACGUUUCAACACUAAAAUCAAGAAAUUAUAUGGAAUACAGGAAUUUUGGGUUUACAUGUACUGAAGUCAAUGAAGAAGAGAGGUCUCUGUGUAUCAUUUGCUCAAAAACCUCAGCACCAGAUAGCCUGAACCCUAAUAAACUUAAACAACAUUUGGAAACGCUUCAUAGUAACUUAUUCAAAUAUGAAUACAAUACAGGACGAUGAUCGUAGAAGGAGACUUCGCCUUCUAGAAGAUAAAAUUCAGGAUUCCAGAGGAAAAGCUAAUAUUGAUUCCCUUCUGGAUACAGUUCAAGCCUUAUACACAGACUGUGACUAUCCUGCAAUAAAGAAACUGAAAAAUGUUGAAGUGUACUUAAACAGAUAUGAUGACUUUGCCAGUGAUAUAAUUAAUCUUCGCAUGAACACUGAUGAUUUUGAACACAUCAAGGUGAUUGGAAGAGGUGCCUUCGGCAAAGUACAGCUGGUGCGCCACAAACAUACAAGACAGGUUUAUGCCAUGAAACGUUUAAGCAAAGCUGAUUUGAUCAAACGGUCGGAUUCAGCAUUCUUUUGGGAGGAAAGGUACAUUAUGGCUCAUGCUAAGUCAGAGUGGAUCGUCCAGCUACAUUUUGCCUUCCAAGAUUCUAAGCAUUUAUAUAUGGUCAUGGAUUAUAUGCCUGGCGGGGAUAUAGUCAACUUGAUGUCUGAUUAUGAUAUUCCUGAGACUUGGGCGAAGUUUUAUACAAUGGAAAUCGUGUUGGCGUUAGAUGUGAUACAUUCGAUGGGUUUUGUACACAGAGACGUUAAGCCUGAUAAUAUGCUUCUUGAUAAGUAUGGACAUUUGAAGCUAGCCGAUUUUGGUACUUGUAUGAGGAUGGAUGAAGAUGGACUGGUCAGAUCUAAUAAUGUAGUUGGUACACCUGAUUACAUUUCUCCUGAGGUUUUACAAAGCCAUGGACAGGGAAUAUAUGGUAGAGAAUGCGAUUGGUGGUCAGUAGGGAUUUUUUUAUAUGAAAUGCUUGUUGGUGAAACUCCAUUUUAUGCAGACAGUUUACUAGGAACCUACAAUAAAAUCAUGUACCAUGAAAGUAAUCUUACGUUCCCAGAAGAAGUAGAAAUAUCCAAUGAAUCAAAAUCGUUUAUCAAAGGACUAUUAUGUGAUAGGUCAAAACGUUUAGGCAGGAACAGUGUUGAUGAGAUAAAAAGUCAUCCAUUUUUCAUAAAUGAUGAGGGAUGGACAUUUGAGAACUUGCGUGAUAUGGCACCACCUGUUGUACCAGAACUAAGUGGAGAUGAUGACACCAGUAACUUUGAUGACUAUGAAAAGGACGAAACACCUGAAGAAGUCUUCCCCGUUCCAAAUACAUUUGUCGGCAAUCAUUUACCAUUUAUAGGAUUUACAUAUAAUUCUGAUCAUCAACUUCUAUCCAAGGAAUGUCUAGAUAGUAUGUCAAUGGACAUAACAGAUAACAAAUAUACCAAUGCUCAAGUUACCAAACUAGAAAUAUUACUAGAACAGGAAAAAAGCAAUGCAGAAAUGUUAGAGGCAAAGCAGAUCCAGUUAUUAGCUGAAAUAGAAGCAAUAACUCAAAGGGAGAGUGAUAUUAGGGAAGAAGUAAGCAAAUACGAGAAAGACCUUACAAUAUUAAGGCACAACUAUAAGGAGGCUCAAAGAAAAGCAGAAUAUGAGAGUGAUCUUAGGAAAAAUACAGAGCAAUAUCUAUCUGAUCUUAAAAAGCGGUUUGAGGAAGAACAAAGCAAAAGGACGAGAGAGAUGAAUAACAAUCAGCAACAUAAUGACAGGAUACAUUUAUUGGAGAAGCAAGUUAAUGAGAUGCAAGAUAAAUUGAAAAUAGAGGCUGAGAAUUGCCAAAGGCUCAGGAAGCAAACGAACGAUUUGACAAUCGCGAAAUCUCAAUCAGAAUUGAAGAUUGCUGAAUACCAAACCAUGUUGCAAUCGCUCCAGUCUCAGAGAGAUACCUUGCAGGCCGAAGUAGCAUCUCUACAAGAACAAUUAACACAUGAAAAGAACUCGAGAUCUCAAGCAUCAGAUCAUCAAAUAGUGUUAGAAAAUAAGUUGCAGUCGAUGAGUUCGGAAAUGGAGAGAUUGCGACAAAGGGAGAUGAAGACAUCAGGCGACAACACUCAGCUACUUGAGAAGGUAUCAUUUUUGGAAAAAGAAUGUGCUAGCUUAGAUCUGGAAUUGAAAGCGGUGAAGAAUAGGUAUCAGCAGGAAGUUAAGGCCCAUGAAGAGACUGAAAGGAGUAGGGUGAUGAAUAAGGAAGAAGCGAAUAUGGAAGUAGUUAAAGCACUACAAACGAAACUGAAUGAAGAGAAAAGUGCCAGGCAGAAGGCGGACCUUAACUCUCAAGAGAAGGAAAGACAAAUCUCUAUGCUUUCUGUUGACUAUAGGCAGAUACAGCAACGAUUACAAAAGCUGGAAGGUGAAUAUAGGCAAGAAGUGGAGAAAGUGAAAGCUUUGCAUAGCCAGCUUGAGCAAGAGCAACAGAAGAAGACUAUCUUACAAUCAGAAAUGGGUCAACAGACUGCCGAGUUAACUAAAGUUAAGGCAAAAGAAGCUCAACUUUUGAUGGAACUCAGUCAUAUACAGGAUAUCAAACGUACUUUGGAGGAAGAACUGCUGAAAGUGAAGAAUAUAUGGCAGAGAGAUCAACUUCAGAUGAAGGAAUUGCAAGAAUCACUAGAAACUGAACAAUAUUUCUCAACUUUGUAUAAAACUCAAACUAGCGAACUGAAGGAGGAAGUAGACGAGAAAAAUCGUAUAAAUAAGGAAUUCGAGGAAGAAAGGAUGUCCUUGAAACAUCAGUGUCAGUUGGCAUUGGCAAGAGCAGACUCCGAAGCUUUGGCACGUUCAAUCGCAGAGGAGACAGUUGCAGAGUUGGAGAAGGAGAAGACAAUGAAAGAAUUAGAGUUAAAGGAUCUCCUUGCAAGACAUCGUAAUGAUAUGAACAUGAAGGAGGUAGCUUUGGGCACAUACAAAGAAAGGGAAAUAGAAUAUAAAAAGAUGAGUGAGCAGUGGCAAAAGGACAAAGAAGAAUAUAUUAGGCAAAUUAAGCAACUGCAAGAAGAACUGAGCAAGAAGACUGGCAACAACGAAGAAAUAGAAAAACUAAUGGCAAAACUGAAAACUGAAUCUCUGCUCAAACAAACGGCUGUCAAUAAGUUGCAUGAAAUCAUGAACAGGAAGGAUCUGAGGGAUUCUAUCAAGGGUAAAUCAAAGGUGACGAAUGCGGAUCUCAGACGAAAGGAGAAGGAUUUGAAAAAGUUACAGCAAGAGUUGAGUUUGGAGAAAGACAAGUAUAAUCAGAUGAUAGCUAAUUAUCAGAAGAACAUACAAGAUUUGAGUAUCCAAUUGAAUGAAGAGAUGGCCGCCAAGCAACGCCUUCAAAUGGAGUUGGACAGCAAAGACGCCGACCUGGAGCAGCUGAAUCUGAAGCUAAACGCGCUGAAUAGCGAGACUGCCUCUCUCAGUUCAGCUGACAAUGAAGGGGAUGAACCAGAUUACGUGUUCGAAGGGUGGCUUUCCAUACCGUCUAAACAUAUCAGGCGGCACGGCUGGAAACGGCAGUACGUCGUCGUCUCUAGCAGGAAAAUAAUUUUCUACAACUCGGACAGCGACAAGCAGAAUUCGGAUCCUGUGAUUGUGUUAGAUUUAAGCAAAGUGUUCCAUGUCCGCUCGGUGACCCAAGGCGACGUGAUCCGCGCCGACUCGAAGGACAUCCCUCGCAUCUUCCAACUACUUUAUGCUGGCGAAGGCGAAGCCAGGAAAGCCGACGAAUCCACAGCCGUGGUAGCAGCCGACAUGGGCGGCCAAAGGUUUCAGGGAGAAGACAAACCGUCGUGCGUGGUGCACAAAGGGCACGAAUUUCUGAAUAUUUCCUACCACAUGCCCACUACGUGCGAGGUGUGUCCCAAACCCCUGUGGCACAUGUUCAGGCCCCCACCGGGGCUCGAGUGUAGAAGGUGUAGGAUAAAAGUCCACAAAGACCAUUUGGACCGAAAAGAAGAUAACGUACCGCCUUGCAAGUUACACUACGACCCGUCGUAUGCCAAAGAGCUGCUGUUACUUGCCUCCUCACCUGAGGAACAGAAACAGUGGGUGAGCCGGCUUAGCAAGAAAAUACAGAAGUGCGGUUUCAAAGCCAACAACACUAAUGCCAUAGAUUCUAAUGCCAAGAUUUCGCCAAGGGAAUCAACCCGUUCUAACCUGAAGCCAUAUUUGAAUGCCCAACAGCGUUCCGCAACUCUCCCCGCUAACAGUUCCAUGAGCAACAAAUGACAGUUAAGGUAGCCUGGACAUCAUCCUAUCAUACAUGAGGUUGUGGUGCAUUCUGGGAAGGUUGAUAAAGUACAUAUAGACUAUAUAUGAAAAACUUUGUUACGUCACGCCUCUAUAUUAUCCUAAAUAUAUUUCUGGAAUGUGAUUAACAUAUCUUGAGAAUAUGUCAGGCUCCUCUGCUUCAAUGCUAUAAGAUGUAACUCGUAAAACGUACUGUAUGUGCAGAAAAACAUGAUAUUCAAAAUAUACGGGCUUUCUCAUAAUACGAUAUCUAUCGUGUGGACACACAAAAAUAAUAUCACAAAGUUUCUUUAAACAUUCUCCCGAACGACGAUGUAAGUCCUCAGAAGGCUCUAUCGGAAGUUGACUUUUCUUAAGUUACGUUUGAACGAUAUUGUAUAUUUCAACGAAAUUUUGAAUGCAUACUAAUCAGUUGAGUCCAUAAAAGAUACUUAACUUGUUUAGAUCGUCAGAAACGGACUAACCCUAAAAAAUAUUGCUGACCCUUUUUUUAUCCUUGUAUAAUAUUAGCAUAAAGAUAUUGUGUGAAAGAAAGAUAUAUUUUAUUUUUUACUUAUACAAGUUUACUCAAUUAAUCUUUAUAGUCGUCUACUCAACGAAUAUAUAAAAAUGUGAUAACUCGGAAAAAUGAUUUAUCUUCUUGUAACUAUUUGCCACAGGUUUGAUUCCUAUCAUAGCAUAAAUACAAAAACAGUCUUGAUUCAAUAUUGUUUUUAUCGGUUUAUACUGCUGUCGAUCCUCGAAAAGUUCAAUAAAAACCAAGGUGAAUGUAUUAUCGGAAAUACUGUACAUAUUUUAAAAAAGGCAGAACCGAAAUACUGGAUCUGAUAUCAAAAUUAAUACAACACUAAACUGAAAUUCUUUGCUUUUAUCGAUGUUGAUCAGGAGUACUUUUGUUUUCAGCUUUCCAACAGUUAUUGUCGAGCCAUUACCAUACAGGUUGCAAAUCUUUAUUGCAAUAUUAUGCUUGGGCUCGUCCGUCCCUGGUAAUCACCAUCAUACGAGGCCCCAAUUAUUUACUGUGCUGUCAAAAUUUAGUCUCGUUCAAAUGUUAUUCACUGAUUUCCAUUGGUCUCCUCAAGCAACAUACGACAUUUUUUUGUAUCCUAUAUCAUUAGAGCUCGACAUCUUAUUCUGGGUCACACUCUAUGGUUUACAAUUGAGGCGGUCAGAAGCAAAGGGGGUAAGUGCAUGUUUUAGCAUUUUGAGAAAAACAGGUUCAAAGUUUAAGUUGUGUAAAAAAAUCACGGGUAUUUCAAAAUACUCAAUAUAGUUUUUUUCACUUUCCAAUAUGCUGUAAAAGAUUAUUUUUAUAGAUUUUAAUGCCAUUGAGCUGGUUAUUCCAAAAAUACAGGGCGUACAGUAAAGCGAUGGUAUCACUUACACCCCUUAGCACUUAAUUUUUGAAUAAUACACUAUAAAUCUUAUUUUCUUUACCCGUAAUUGCAUAUGGAUUCAAGCAAUCUUCUUUAUAAAGGGAUUUUGUAAAUUAUUGCAAAAUAACAAAAUAGCAGACAGAUGAAAUCGAAAGUUUAUUGACAAAAAAAAUGUAUACAAAACAAAAUACUCAGAGGUUUUAAUGUCAAUCACCAAGCACUGACUCGCUCUUAAUUUCUAAUCAUCAGAUUCCCAUUCAGCUGAAACAUCUGCAGAAUUUUCAACAGAAAUGUCUCUUUGGCUGACGUUGGCAUCUACUUCUCUAUUUUCGUUUGUCGCGGAAGCUACGCUUCCUCGAUGUCUUAGUGAUGAAUAAAAGUUAUGGUAAAUGGGGGGAAUAAACUGAAGGAGUUGCUGGAGGUUCUCGUAUUUGGCGGUUUUUAUAGAUGGUGGUUCAGGAUACAAUAAUGUAAGGUCAAAUUGCGUAUUUGGACGGCCCUUUUUCUGUUUUCUAAGGUCAAAAUGCACAAAAUCCAUUUCCUCAUUCAAAGUGUUCUUGUAUUGAAGAAUAUUGGGCUUAUCUUUUUCCAGUCGAAACCACUGAAUAUUACGUAUCCCUGGAAUACUGUCUUUUAUCUCUUUUUUCAUCUGUUCAACUGACAAAAAAUCUUCAUUUCUCAUUCGUACAACAGUAAACUUUCGACUAGCUUGAGCUACUAUUUUGCUCCAAUCAUCCGGGACAAAAACAUAUUGAUUUUUCUUCUUUGACUUCUCGAUAAGCCCGAAAUCUUGGUCGCACUCCAUAUAAGAGUGACCAGAAAUUAAAAAUUUGUGGUCAAUUCUACAAAUGGAGGUUGUCUGAACAAUAUGCCUCCAAAAUUUUAUAAUGUUGUUAUUUUUAUUUUGACCGCCUGCGUUAUCGCUAAAUGCGAUGAUAUGUUCUACUGAAUUAGGCAGUUGCUGAACAUAUCUCAAUAAGCAUGAUCCAAUUUCUUGAGAUCCCCUAGACGCUUCACCCUCGUGCCACAUAAACAUUGAUGCUUGAUCAUUUGCAAGAUUAUGUAUUGCAAAAUUAUAAGUCCACAGUUGUCUCAGAUAGAAGACCUUACUACAAGUUAAUACAGGCGUGGGGAGAGUUUUUUCUAGAUCAAAACAUAUUGCAUUUACAGUAUUUGGAUUAUCCUUGCCCAAUUUCUUGAUAUCAUUUUUAGCUGAUCUAGCCUGUUCAGCUUUUCGUAAAUGAAUCUCUUUCUGGAUCUUACUAUCAUUCACUACUUCAGGAUUAUUGUCGUUGUAAAAAUAAAUCUAUAAAAGCUCUCUUUAACAGGGUUUUGAAUGUUAUUUUCUUGGCAAUACUGCAAGUAAAGGUUAUACAUUUUGUGGAUGCUUAGUGCGCCUGACAAAUAUUUUGUAUGCGGAUUUUUGACACGUGAAUAAUGGCUCGAGUAUUUAAGGAAAUGACUUAAUGUGGCCCUUUAUUAUUGCAAUAUCGUUGUCCGAAAUCUUAUUUGCUGGGGUAUGCCUACCACGUUGGUCAGUUGGCGCUACGCCUGUGCGGUUUCUUUUUUUUAAAACGUUGUCAUAUCUUUUCUGACUUAUGUUCAGAGUUUUCAACAAAAAGAGUUUACACACUCUUUUUCCCACUAAUUUUAUUUGAACGCUCACCUGUUUACGUGGCUCAACACCUAAUUUUCUUUUCAAAGGUGCACGUGUUUCCAUACAAGCGCUAAGAAAUGCCGUUUGAAGAUUCCAUGAGCUCAAAUUCCAAUAGUCUUCAAAGAUUUGUUGGCGAUCUUCAUUUGAAAAACUAUUACACUGGUAUCGACAGUGAUGAUCUGCCAGAUCUUGAACGGCUCUUGCUGGUUUUAGCAAUUUCCUAUGACCGAUGAACUCCCCACAACUGUUCCUGAACUUCCUGGCUUUAUUCCUUAUCCAAGAUGACUCGUUUCGAACCCUUUUCCUGCUACGCUUUAUCUGGUGAUUGCCUAAAUCGCCUUCAUCCGACUCUGCUUCACUCACAGAUGAAGAUUUAUCUGGGUGUUAGUCGCGAUCUAGAUCGCUAUCAUCGACAGGUUCUGCGAAAAAACAAUAGGAAUUUAAAUCCACCUCAAAAAAACAAAGACACAACAAAAAAAAGUGAAUACAAGAAUACAAAGCAAAUUUAGAACAUCGUAAACCAUGAACAUAUGAGAAAAAUCAAACUCUACUUCCUAACCUAAAAAACAUCUAAUUUCAACUUGAUUUUUAUCGUACUUACCAUCUAACUUAAAAUCCAUCAUAAUAUGAUUGACAUGAAUAAUAUUCACUGAUAUUAUUGAAUAGUUAUUGUAAAUACAACAAUAAUAUUACUUAAAGCACUGUCAUAAAUACGCAGUACACUCGCACGCAAUUGCUUUAUUUGGUCUAUAACUUGGAGGCAAAGAGAUAUAAGUGCACAUACAUCCCAUUGCCUCCAAGUAAGUUGAAGAUAUUGCUGAGUACUUUUUCUUUCAGCGGAUAGAUAGAGCCACCAGAAAAGAAUUCAUGUAUAUCCCUUUGCCACCGAAUAAAAUUGUGCUUAAACAAUUUGAUUGUGCCCAUAACUCGGUUUUGGUGGAAAAGUCACUUACAUCCCUUUGCUUCUGACCGCCUCAAUUAAGAGCAUAAUUCAAAAUUACUCGUAUAGAAUAAUUUCUAAUGCAAUUUUAUAAUUUAUACAUUAUAGUGCAUAUGUAUAAAACAUGUCGUCAUAUGGUUCACAAAUGUCAUGAAUUAUUGCCUAAUAUCUUUUUGUGAUGUACUUUAUACGUAAGCACUAACAAAUUUGUUAAUUGAUUUUCGAAUACGUUUCUUCGUCUAGCAUAUGCUGAAAAACAUUUUACCAUAUAUGGUUAUCAUUCCAUGACACAUGACGUUACGUCAGCAUGAGUUCUGAGUUCUUCCUAUAGUGCACCAGAACCUAAUCUCCAUACUGUUAUCCCCGCAUAAUGGUAUAAUCUGUGAUAAUAUUACAAGAUUGUAUCGAAACUAUUCAAUACUUAGUUUGUAUUAAGGUACCAAAUAUCCUGAGUUUUAUUUGUAUAGUAGGAUCGUUGGUUUGACAGAAGAUAUCAUGAUGUUUUAUUAACAACAGCCUUGUUUCAAAAAUAGAACAUAACCUUUUUGUUUUGUAGGCUGUAAAGUGUAAAGAGCUCUGUAUAGGUAUUUUGCUUUUUAAGAUCCAUUUUAUGCUUAUGUACUAUUUUUAAUGUUAUUUUUUAUUUUUUAAAAUAUAUAAUAAACCC